AUGCUCUUUUUACCAUUUCUUUGCCCGGCUCUGCUCACCCUCCUCACAUUUACCCCUCUCACCACGGCCGCCUCCAAACCCAAGAAUGCCAUCUUACUAUCAAAAGUAAAAACUCUCACUCUACGCGAUAAUGCCCAAACAUCCCAUCGACGAGUUUCAGCCGUUCCACAGCUAUCAUGUAGCGGCCCUGGAUGUCGACAUUACAAGGUUGACGUCAUGCGUUGUACCAACCAAGGAUCCGAUUAUUCUUCCGAAGAUAUUCAAUGGUCCUGCACUGCGAAUCUUCCUGAGGAAUUCAAGCUAGGAAGUACGGAUGUUAUAUGUGAGGGAUAUGAUAGCAAGGAUGAUGAAUACGUGUUGAAGGGCAGUUGUGCUGUGGAAUACAGAUUGUUAUUGACGGAGGAGGGCGAAGCAAAGUAUGGAAGGAGCUUUUGGGACGAUGGAAGUGGAGAUAGCUCUGUAGAGAAGGGAAUGGGUUUAUUAUUCUGGUUGAUAUUCGUGGGAGUUUUGGGAUGGAUUCUUUACUCGAUGGUUCAAAAUUGGAGACAAGGACCCGCUAAUGGCCAAGCGGGAAGAGCCGGGGGAGGUGGGGGUUUUGGAGGAUGGGGAGGAGGAGGAUCAGGAGGACCAGGCGAUGACGACCCCCCACCACCUUAUCCAGGAACUGGAAAACGAUCCACAAGAAACUAUGGUGCUACUGAACAAGCUUGGAGGCCUGGAUUUUGGUCUGGUGCGGCGGCAGGUGCUGCUGGUGGUUAUUUUGCAGGAAAUAGGGCGAAUAGACAACAAAAUCAAGGGGGUAGUAGCUGGGGCAGCGGAGGUGGAAGUGGCUGGGGUGGAGGUUCUAGAUCUGGAAGCUCGAGCGCAAGCUCUCCCUCUACCAAUACUCGGUCAAAUACUGGAUUCGGCUCUACAUCGAGAAGAUAG